GGGAAUUUAGCGGAUCCGCCAAAUUAAAACAGCGACCAAAUUAAGUAAUAGUACAAUAAUUUUGAUGCAAAAUCAAUAAUGGUUUAAUUCUGUAGCAGAGUAAUUGAAUUAUAAACAGACACAUAAACUUCACAUAAUUAAUGUUUAAUUGCAUUGGUAUAAUGAUCAGAGGUUUUUAGACAAUUCCUUAGUCUUGCAUCAAGACCUAUCUGGAAAAAUAAACUUUAACUUGUCUUAUCCAAGGGAUUCCUAUUGAUUAGAAAAAUGAUUCAGCCUAUUUUCACUUUCUGUGGCACCAGUUGGCACUUGGUAUCAAAUGUACCAUGCCAGAUUGAUUUUUUAAAUAAACUGUUCACAUUUGAUUUCAGAACUACUUCUGGCAGAAUGGUUCGUCGCGGAGGCCUUCUAAGUGAUGCUCAAGUUGGACUUGAAAUGGAGGCAAGAGCACAGAAUGGCAUACGUGUUGCCCAGGAUACAACAACAAGGAAAGGCCUAGAACAUGUGUCAACCAUAUGGACUUUUAAUGAUGGCAAUUCUCUUGAGUCUAGGGUAGAGAAUCUUCCAAACCACACAUCAGAGGCUCAACUAGAUCAUAUAAAGAACUCUUUGGAAAAAACAACAUCUAUUUUAGAUCAACUUAAUAUUCCCAAUUCUUCCAAACAAUCUAUUGCAUACAUAACAGAAUUCAUGGGGGAUCAUGUCAAUAAAAAACUUCAUAGGGAAUUGGAGUUAGAACAUUUGGACUGUCUUAAAAAGUUACUUCAGGAGGAUAUCUUAACACCAGCGCAAACCAUCAAUUUGAAAGAACUUUACCUGAGUGCCUGCCAAAUGCAUUCUGGUGCAAAAGUAAGCAGAUCCUUUUAUGAGGGAAUGCAUCAAAUACAACCAGAUCUAGGGUUAUUAGGCAAGUAUGAGCAAAGCAAUAUGGCGCGGCCAGGAAGAACAUUUGAGGCAAUGGGUGGUAAGAUUGUUGAAACAAUAAGUUCAGUUUUUAGUCCAGAUCAUGCCAAUAAAAAUGAGUUUAGCCGUGCGGAUGUCUGGAGAGGCUGGUGUGCUGAAAAAGACUACAAUAUUCCAACAUUUUCUUAUGUUAAUAAGAACAGACACUUGUCAAGUUGUCAGGUUCAAUAAACUGUUAAAGUGAUAUAUUUGACAUAAAUUAGUAUUUUAAGAAUAAUGCUAUGUAUUUGUACACAAUAAUGGUAAACUAUUAUGAUAAUGUUUUACAAUAGUACUUUAGGAAAGUCAAACAUUAUAUUUGAAAUUUAAGACAGCAAAACAGUCUUGGCAUCAGAUACUUAAUAAUAUCAGCAGACCUCCC